AACAUUUGCUGGCGAUGCCGCUGUGUGUCGGAUUUCCCUCUGUGUUCCGUGUUUACUCCGCGCUCUCAGCAUGGAAAGGCUGCGCUCCCUCCUGCAGAGGACACUGGGGACGGUGAGACAGCACAUGGGCACUGACCAGUUCGGGAAUAAGUAUUAUUCCAUUCCUGAGCAGAAGACAUGGACAGGCCAAGCAAAUAGAGCAAAAAGAAUUGUGGAACCUGCGCAGAAAGACGUGUACAAGUAUGAGGCUGGACAUAUUCCUACCGAAUGGGAAGCAUGGAUCAGAGGCAAAAGGAAAGACCCUCCGACAAUCGAGGAGAUUCUCAAGAAUGAACAGAUAAGACAGGAAAUAAGUGCCAAAGGGGAAGAAUAUUUGAAGACUGAAAAGGCAACGCCGAGCAUAGAAGGCAAAGAUGGCGCUGAGGCCCAACCAGUGAAAACGCAGAUUAAAGGACACGCUUCUGCUAGACUUUACGAAAAACAAACCCCAACUGAGGAACCAACAAGCACCGCAAAUACAUUUGUGCCCGGAUCCUGGAACCCACAGAAAAAGUAGCAGGAAUUAUUAUUGGAUUUUCCGAGUCUGUCAGUCCUGGCUUUUUGUUGUUGAGGUCUAUAAAGACGCUUCAGUUUAUAUUAAAAAAAGUUUUAAAUAUGGGUUGAAUUGCCCAAAUUAAAAUUUAGAAAAUAGAAUUGCUCCAUUUCAUAUCCAUCAGUUGCAAAUUACAUCAUUCUGACUAGAAGGAACGUGUUAAAGUCCUGCAGGUAUAAACCAAAUGGGACGCGAACGGUUCUGUACAUCACUGUUUUUCAAUUUAGGUUCACUCAAUGUGGUUUUCACCCACAAAUCUCAUCAGGCCAGGCAUCAUACAUACCUGUUUACACUAGACCACACCUCAGGCUGUAUUGGCAUGUUAUCACCCCAAGCAAAGGGCUUGUGCACACCAGCAUGUUUGCCCCAGGCCCGUGCUGCGGACCGAAAACUGCGGGUCUGCAAUAUACAGAUACUGACCGUAAACACUCCGUAUCACAGAUCCACAAUCCUCAACAUAUGAAGUAGUGCAGAGGCAUGGAUCAGAAGUUCACAUAAACACUACAAAGCACUUCGGUAGGAUUUUUAGGAAACCGCAUGCUCACGGACAACGCCCAUGCAUUGCUGUCCACAGUGCGGGGCACACACGCAGAAAGCAUAGGAUAACAGAAAAGUACAUAUACGAUUAUCUUCAAAAAAUGUACUAAUUUAUUUACAUCUGGGAAAUAAAAAAGUGGAUAUUAAAAUAAUGUAUAUGGGUUCAUUAACCAUUUCACCACCAAGAAGGUAUGUAGUAUGUUUUGUUUUUAAAUUCUUGCCACGGUUGGAGUGCAGGGGUUAGGUUCCCUUCACAUGAGCAAUAUGGAUUGUGUCAGGAAACAACUGAUGGUUUUGCACGCAAGUUGAAUUCGUUUUUUCUGCGAUUGAGUUCAGUGUGCAUGUGUUUUUCACGCGCACGAAGAAAAAACUGAAAUAAAAAUCUACAUCUAGCAACCAUCAGCGAAGAACGCAUUGCAUCCGGAUGCCUUCCGUUUCUCACGCAAGUCCCGUUCACUUUUAUGGAGCCAAAGCUGCGUGAAAAGGAGCACAAUAUAAAACAUGCUGCCAUUUUUCCUUAACGUAAAGAGGUUGCAUGAAAAAUUAUGUGAUUUUAAAGUAUGCAAAUGAGCCUCUAGGAGCAAUGGGGGCGUUGUCAUUACACCUAGAGGCUCUGCACUUUCUGCAACUGCCGCACCCUCUGCACUUUGACUGUA